AUUUAAAAGACUUCACUUUCAUCUAGAAAAUCAAUAAAAACACUAAAAUGCUAGACUCGCUGACGUUUCUAUUUGAGAAGUUCUUGCUUUUCUCUAACUUUAAACUUUUUCAAAGUUUAUGGCGAGAGGAAGAGAAGCGUGCGGUGAGAAGUUCGGUGUUCAGAAGAGGAGAUUUGCUGGAGGUUCCCCGCACGCUCUUCACUCAUUACGGUAUCUACCUGGGCGAGAACAGAGUGGCGCACCUGAUGCCCGACAUCAUGCCUGUAUUAACCAGCAACAAACAGUUGAUUAAACCAGUCGUCACCAACAAAAGACUCAUUUUAGGAUGCAUUUACAAAAGCGCGAGUGUACGUGUUGAUUCGGUUGAGGAUUUCGCGUACGGAGCUCAGAUUCUGGUCAAUGAUAUGGACAUGCAGUUGAAGUGGCAAGCACUAGCGAACGAGGACGUGGCCAGGAGAGCCGAAAAACAGAUCGGUUCGAUCCAGUACAGUUUGUUGUGGAAUAAUUGCGAACAUUUCGUGACGUACUGCAGAUACGGGACACCUGCGAGCCAGCAGACAGACAGGUUCUGCUGCUGUCUGAAAUCAAUCAUAAGAGACAAGAGAAGUGUGGCUUUAACUGUUGUUUUGGGAGCGGUGUACAUCAUCUGCUUUGGUCUGGCACCUUCAACCACAGUACCUACAAUCCUUAUUCCCUUUACUCUAUGGAUGGCAGGCUGAAAGUCUCAUACACUACAUGUACUAUAUAACACAGCAAAGUUUGUUAUUUUUAACCCAACGUUGGGUCAAAAAGGGUGGAGCCCAGUCCAGAAUUUUUUAUAUUUAAGUUUAUAUUUGACCCAACAAUGGGUUUUAAAAAUAACCCAGCAUAGGUUAACUUGCAACCCAGUGGGCUGGGAUUGUCUUUUUUUGACCCAACACUGGGUUGAAAAUAACCCAGCAUGUUUUAGAGUGUAUGUUUUUUUGUGUAAAUCAUAUACCUAAAAUUGGUAUGCCAGUAUUUGUGUACCCUGGACAAUAUACUAGGUUUUGUUAAGCAAAAGUCUUUAUAUAUUUAACGGAAGCAUUUCACAGAUGUAACAUACUUUAUAUAUGUACUAUGGACAUUAAGACACAAAGUAUAUUGUACCAAUAUUUUUUUUUAAAGUUCUGACAGUAUUUUUGUGAAUUUGUAUAUUGAAAUGAUAAAUUAAUAUAGUUAACUGUAUAAUUUUGAUAAAUGUUGAAAUUAAAAAAGAUUUCUAAAGUG